UUUUCUUCUUCCAUCUUCUGCUCUGUUCUCUUAAAAAUGAAGAAAAUGAUUGUGUGGAUGGGUGUUUAUGAUCAGAGAUCCAAAGGGAAAAUCACGAAGAGUAUUUCUGACUUACCCGGAAUUCACUCAUCUUAUAUGGAUUUGAAAGAAGGCACACUAGUAGUAAUGGGAGAUGUUGAUCCUGUGGAGUUGGUUAGAAACCUCAGAAAGAAAUGGGGAAAAGCUAAAUUAACAUUAUAUGUACCUUAUGAUGCUUUGAAAGAAGCAAAAAUUGCUGAGGCUAAGCAGAAGAGGGAAGAGAUUGAACGUGAAGCUCUUUACAGAUACAACCGUGAAAUUCGUGAUAUUUUCAAUGAUAAGGAGGAGCAAGGUUGUGUCAUUUGCUAGAGUUCUAAAGAAAAAUGAAUAAAAAGACAUAAGGUACUUUAACUAUUUCGAUUUGUUUGAUUUAUAGUUCAUAUUAAUUAAUGUAUAAAGACAUUUUAUGAGUAAGGAUGAAUUGUAGAGUUUGAUCGUGGAUGCUUUUAUUUGACCUUUAUUUUAGGCUUUUUAGCUGUGUUCGCUUGAGUAAUUGGA